AGGAGUCCAGUCUGAGUUAUGAGCAUUUGCGCAGACAAGUGGAUGAAACUAUGGGCGAAAAAGAACAAUAUAUACAAAGUGCAAACGACGCGGCCAAGGUACAUGAAACAAUCUCUUCAUCUUCUCCACAUACGAAAUACUAUGAAAUAUCCCUGUGUAUUUUUUUGAAUUUUUUAUGAUAUUAUAUAAUUUUUCUUCAGUUGGCAGAGAAACGUAAACAGAUGCUGGAUGAGUUCUCAAUCGACCAACAAAAGGUCGUGGCCGAGCACAAGGAACAACUAAAGAAAUUGGAAACUAGUUAUAAAGACGAAGCCAGGGAAAACCAGGAAGAAUUCAAGGUGCUUAUCAGUUUGGGCUGCGUUGAAAUAUAGUUUGUCUAGCCCACCUCAAACCAAAGCAAUUUUCUGUCCCACACACGUAAAAAUCUCACAACUUGUCAACAAGAUGUGUUCGCAACAGGCUUGUAGCAAGCUCGUCAACAAGUUGUAACAAUGCUGUUAUUUCAUCAAGUUGCUACAAGGUUGUCAACUCACAACUUGUUGACUAAUUGUUGAAUUGCAGGGCGAUAACAAGUUGUUGAAACAACUUGUAGAUAGAUUAGAUAGAUAGAUUUUUAUUAUAACAAGUCGGUUGAGCUCAACAACCUUGCAGCAAGUUGUCAACAAGCCGUUGACAAGUUGUCAACAAGCUGGGAACAAGCAGUGCGAACACAUGCUGUUGACAAGUUGUUGGAACAGCAUUGCUACAAGUCCGCUGUAGGUUUGUUAACAACUUGUGCGUUUUUACGUGUGUAUAAUUCUUAAUCAUUUAAACUUUUUUUAGAAAACUAUUGAGGACCUAAAGACCCAAUUACAAGGUGAAAAGGUAUAGAAAUGUUUGUAAUUAUUUAAUGAUUAUAUUAUUACACAUAUAAAAAAUCUCACAUCUUGUAGCAAGUCUGCCAACAAGCCGUCAACAAUAUACAAUUACUUUAUGGUUUCCGUGUUUGGAUGGCCUGAUCCAAACACGCGGGAAUGUUGCGAGAGUUAAGAAAAGCGCCGCAAAGCACGAGCCGAAGGCGAGUGAUUUUGCACGCUUUUCUUAACUCGAGCAACAUUCCCAAGUGUUUGGAUCAGGCCAUCCUAACAGGGAAACCAUAAAGUAAUUGUUUUAAAAUAACUACAACACGAUAGUCUUCCGUGUUUGGAUGGCCUGAUCCAAACACGGGUUUCGACCAAUCAGAGCACGCGUUAUAUACAUGUUAUUUUAUAAAUUGUGUUCGCACUGCUUGUCCCAAGUUUGGAACAAGUUGUUAACAACUUGUAAGAACCUUGUUGAUAUUAUCAGACGUGUUGCAAGGUUGUUCCAACAAGUCUGAUUCAGUCAUGAUAUAACAAUAUUGUUACAACCUUGUGUCGUCAACCUUGUAACAUUCUUUUUAUAUCAUGACCGUAUCAGACUUGUUAGAACAACCUUGUAACAAGUCUGAUAAUGCCAUCAAGCUUGUUACACGUUGUUAACAGCUUGUUCCAAACUUGUUAUAACAACUGGGAACAAGCAGUACGAACACAAGUUGUCGACAGCUUGUGAACAGAUUUGUAACAACUUGUUUGCAGACCUGGAACAACUUGUGAUCCAAAUUAAUGCCACGCCCUUGCCACACCCAUAUUCAGUUCACUGACCACACGCAGGGUAUUUGCGGGCUCAAAUUUGCUUUUUAAAUCUUGAAAAAAAUUUAUAUUUUACAAAUUGCAAUCCGUCGUUUAUUUCAACCAUCCUUUGAGAAUCGUUCAUUCUUUUGUCUGAUUUUUGUUGGAAAUAUACUAAACAAGGUAUUUUUAUCGUUAUUUUUUUAUUUUGGGCAGGAUAAAAACAAUAGCAACAUACGUACAGUAUGAAUAUAUGAACAUGUGAAUAUGAUUAUGUGCUGAUUAAUUGAACGCAUCGUGUAAAAACAGUAAAAACUCUUUGCUCUCUAGUCGAUUGAACCAUUUUUAAUCGAACUGACGAGACUAAUUGCUAAGUCGUUCAACUUUCAAUUAGAACAUUCAUGUACAAUUAUGCAGUUAAAUAAGUAUCAAAUAUAAAUUAUUAUAUUGGGCCAUUGCAUUUUUAAACCAACCCCCCCCCCCCCUAGUGAGGACAUCCAUUUUUUGGUCCCCCGUCCCCUGGAAUUUCCACAUUUUUUAAGCGAAUUUUUUGCCUCCCCCGUGGAAUUUCCGCAGAUUUUUAUUGAAUUUUAGCCAUCCCCAUGGAAUUUCCGUAAAUUUUUUAUGAACUUUUAACCCAUCCCAUGGAAAUUCCUUGACAGUUUUUGAUCUAGCCAGUGGAAAUUCCAUAUUGAUUCUUUGAUUAGUAGCUAUCCCUUGGAAAAUUCCUUGCUGAUUUUGAUCCUAUCCUUUGGAAUUUCUUUUCCAUUGUUGACCCUCCCAUGGAAAUUCCAUACGUUUUACUCAUUUUUCUUAAUUGGAAUUUCUGCAGAUUUGCUUUAAAAUUUGGACCCUCCCAUGGAAAUUCCUUCAUUUUUGGUUCACUUUUGCAGGGGGCCAUUGGAAAUUCCACAUGUCCUCAAUAGGGGGGUGCAGAUAAAAAAUGCAAUGGCCCAUUGUUUGUUUAUAACUACACGCGUAAAAACGCACAGCUUGUAAGUUGUAUUAACAAGUCUGCAAACAAGUUGUUACAAAUCUGUUCACAAGCUGUCAACAAGUUGUGUUUGCACUGCUUGUUCCCAGUUUGUUGUAACAAGUUUGAAACAAGCUGUUAACAACUUGUAACAAGCUUGAUGGCAUUAUCAGCCUUGUUACAAGACUGUGCUAACAAGUUUGUUACAGCCAUGAUAUAACAAGGAUGUUAGAAGGUUGUCAACACAAGGUUGUAACAAUCUUGUUAUUAUAUCAAGCAUGUGACGGACUUGUCAGAACAACCUUGCAACAAUUCUGAUAAUUUCAACAAAGUUGUUCCAAACCUGUUGACAACUUGGGACAAGCAGUGCGAAUACAUCUUGUUGACGGCUUGUUGGCAGACUUGUUACAAGAUGUGAGAUUUUUGCAUGUGUAGAAUAUUUGUGACAUAUUUUGACAAGCAUGUCUAUUGGACUAAAUCCCUGCUUGUUUAAUUUCAUGGCCAUUGGCCAUGCCCAAUCGAGUGCCCAUGCCCAUUUGAUUUUCAAGAGUGUUCCCCCCGCCACACUUCUAAAAUUAGCAAAACAUUAAGUUAUUUUUGUUUACUUGGCCUUUUGUAGAAAUUAAGGAAAGAUCUUGAAGAAAGUCAACAGCAACUCACUGAUGUCACGUCACAACUGACCUCUGUGGAAAGCAAGUGUGGAUGGUUUGAGAGAAGAUUAUCUGAAACUGAGGUUUGUUGAAGAAAAUUAUUAUAAUUAUAUUUAUUAUAUAAACGUAAGUGUUAUAUAGAGUUUUUGGCCACUGAGAAAAAUCGUAUUUAAACACACGUAAAAAGUACGAUAUUUUUAUGUGUGAAAUUAUAAUUUGUUGUAAAACGCAUUGCCACGGACGUUUUAUUGUUUUGUUUAUAAAUAAAAAUAGAAAAAUUCAUGGUGCUUGGAAAUACCAGAUUUAGUUCUUGCGUUAAUACAUGUUGAGUUUUAACACAAUAUAUGCUAAAUUAAUGUGUGAAACGUGCCAUUUAAUAACAUUGGUGUAUUAACGAUUUUUGGUUGGAGUAACAUGUUACGUUGGAAAUUAUUGUUAAAAGUCGACAUGAAUGACGUCACCUUUACUUGGUGUACUGAUAUUAUGCACCAGUCAAUGUAAAUCCCCCCUCCCAACCGGGGAGGGGCCGGGGAUUUAGCGGGGAAAGUGGUCAGUUUUUAUUGUAAAUAUGUCGUCGAUGGUGGGGGACUUGAGCAACAUUUUCUCUUUCGGUAGAUGAUGCAGGGACGAAAGCGGGGGAAUGGAUUCAGUGGUUAAUAUAUAUAUCCUGUGUUGCUGUUUUAGUUUUCUUUACAGGAAAACUUUAAAUUUUCCCGGGGUUGAGAGACAUGCGGGGACAUUGAUUAAUUACCCUUUCCUUUUCGCUCUUACUACACCCCUAAGUCACAAUCCCUGCCCCUCCCCGGUUGGAGGGGGUGGGGGUUUACAUUGACUGGUGCAUUUAUUCAUGACAUUAUAAAAUCAGUAUCAGGUAGAUUGUGUCGUGAAUAAUUGGUAAUUGGUCAUUUCCGAUGUCAAUCACUAAAAGUAAUAUUAACUAUGGCGCAUUAGGGCAAAAAUGAAAUUGCAAGUUAUCAUUAAUCUUUGGGAUUUUUUAGGAAAUUUUAACACAGGAGAAAACAAAAGCUGCUGAAACAAUCGAAGGAAUAAAGAGAGAACAUGAAACAAAUACAAAUGAUAUAAUUGCAAGACAUGAAGCUCAACUUCAGGUAUAAUUUCAUUUAAAUUAACCAAUAAAAAAAAACUUAAACUAAAUAAACUUUAUUUUUUCUGAAUAGCUCUAUCAGUUCUAGAAUGUUCUCCUUGUGAGGUCCGGUAAUAGUCGUCUCUUAUUGAUCUUCAGUGUUUCUACAGAAGGAAAUUACCCAAUUAAAUUUUAACUUUAUUUAUAUUUAUCUAAACUGUUCUUCCUUAAGGUCCAGUAAGAGUCAUCUCUUAUUGAUCCAGUUUUACUACAGGAGGAAACUUAAGCUAAACUAACUUUAUUUAUACUGGAUAGUUCCAUCAGUUCUAUAAACUGUUCUUCCUUUGGAGGUCCAGUAAGGAUCAUCUCUUAUUGAUCCAGUGUUACUACAGGAGGAAACCUAGACUAAACUAACUUUAUUUAUACUGGAUAGCUCUAUAAGUUCUAAACUAUUCUCCCUAGAGGUCCAGUAAGGAUCAUCUCUUAUUGAUCCAGUGUUACUACAGGAAGAAACCUAAACUAAACUAACUUUAUUUAUACGUGGAUAGCUCUAUAUAUAGUUCUGAACUGUUCUUCCUAGAGGUUCAGUAAGAAUCAUCUCUUAUUGAUCCAGUGUUACUAUAGGAGGAAACCUAAACCAAUUUUACUGUCAUUCCAAUUUUACUGUCAUUCCAAUUGAAGUGUUCCUCAAAUAUUGAUUCAAUACAUUACCUCAGGCUGACCAAUUCAUUUCAUCAAGUUCCUCGAGAUAUUCAUACAGUACACUUCCUGUGAAAGAGCCAAUUCCAAGUAUUUGAUCAUUUCUGGUCACUUCCUUUCUAUUUAUGAUUGGUUAGUUGCACAAACAACAAAGGCGAUUGGUGCAUUCAAACUAUUCAACAGGAAGUUUACAAUUAUACUAGGAAGUGUAUGAAUAUUUCGAGGAACUUGAUCAAAUGAAUUGGUCAGCCCGAGGUAAUGCAUUGAAUCAAUACUUGAGGAACACUUCAAUUGGAACGACAGUAAACUAACUUUAUUUAUACUGGAUAGCUCUAUCAGUUCUAAACUGUUGUCCCUAGAGGUCCAGUAAGGAUCAUCUCUUAUUGAUCUUGUGUUAACUAGAGGAGGAAACCUAAACUAAACUAACUUUUUAUUAUUUAGGAGCUUAACGAGAAAUUAGGAGCCGUGGAGGCUGAAAAGCAAGAGCAGGAAAAUGUUAUUUCAAAAUUCAAACAAGAAGUGAAAGACAAAGAUGUUGAAAACGUGAUAGCUGGCAAGAAAGGCGACCAUUUAGUGAAAGAUCUGAAGCGGCAAUUAAAAAUGGAGCGAAAGAAAACAGAACAACUACAGCAAAGAUUGCAAGAAGCUUGCUCAGAAAACAGGGCAAGGGAAAGUAAGUGUUCUCAAUAUGUAUGUGUAUGCAUGGAAAAGUUUAAACGACCUUUGGAAUACAGCCCAAUGCUCUGCCAACUGAGCUAUGCGGUCAGGUCGGUUCGCGCGCGAGUAUGUGAUAUAUCAGAACAGAAUCUAUAGUUCCUUCGAUAUCAUGUGUAAUCUAGUAAUCAUGAUUUUUUCUGUGUUGGUGUAAUGUCACAUAUACUCGAACCGACCUGACCGUGUAACUCAGUUAAUUGGCAGAGCAUUGGGCUAGUAUUCCAAAGGUCGUAGGUUCGUUUCCCACCGUGGCCAGGCAUAUUUUUCAAGCCUGCUCGGUGUGGAUACACACUCAGAGUAACAUCACAAGCUUCGAUCAUAUUCACCUUAGGGACUGGUCAUAAAGUAAAGGGGGGGGGGGACUGGGAAAAUCAUAUAUUUGGUGUCUGCAAUUUUGGUAGCCCACCCCUUAAUAGCUGCUCGAAAAUUGUAGCCCACCCUUAAAUUGGUGCUGAAAAUUUGUGACCCACCCUUUCUGAAAGGCAAAAGAUACCAGCAUUCCAUUUUUCUGUUGGCAAAUAAUUCUGUGUUAUAAUAAUACUCGAUAGCUAUUCAAAUGGUGCAAUUAAAUACAGAAAGGUCGUUCUUUGCAUGGAACUUCCCAUGCGUACUGUAGCUAGUGUCUUUCUCAUAAUUAGAGAACUUUAUUUUGACAUUUACGGCUAACACCAAACCUUUAACGCUAAUUGUGAUUUAACUACACUCUCAUUGAAAUUACAGUAAUUUUGUUGCAUAUUACUAAACAUCUUGUACAAUGCUUGUGACAUUUCACAAUAAUAUCAGAAAAUAAGUUAGCCAUUAUAACGUAUUAGCAACAGUGGAGGACACUUUACGAAACAUUGGGGGGGGGGGAUGGGGCUCGGCAUGGGAAAAUUUUAAAAUUUGAAUCCUGGAAAUGGCAUUUGCAGCAUUCUGAGAACACAUUUUGUAAAAAGUAUUAUAGUUUUAAAAUUUGAAUCCUGGAAAUGGCAUUUGAAGCAUUCUGAGAACACAUUUUGAAAAAAACUAGGUUUUCAACACACUGUUUUAAUGGUGCGUUUUUUUAUAAAUUACAUGCUUAUAGAAAACAUUUCAGAGAAAAUGUUUACAUUUGUGAAUGGAAUUGCAAGGUGCUUUAAUUUAAUUAACACGCCAAUGACAAUGUAAAAUUUAUUCGCUAAGUGAUGAUGUUAAUCGAAUUGUCCAUUGUUUUUGAGCAUAAUAGUUUAAUAUGCAUUCAAAUAUUAUUGUGCAGCAGGAAAUUUCGCUAUAUAAUUUUAUAAUAUGAAUUUUAAUACACGUGCCCUUGAAAAAAUUUCUGCAUAUUUUUGCAUGGCCCACCCUUAUGAUUGCAAUUAACUUUCGAUGACCCCAGGGGCGGAGCGAAGACUAUCCUUUUCGGGGGGUGCAAGACAACUUUAUUCAGAACCAUAUUCAUUUUUAAGUGAUGUACAACAAUGAAAUCCGAGUAGUAAGAUAAUUUAUUUUUAAAAUAGGCGAAAUAGCUCCUUAAUAAAAUACAUGGUAUAAAUUUCAAAAAAGCACAUCCAAUCGUCAUCAAACGGCCAAUUACAAACUAAACAUGUCGGUUUCUCUCCCUUCCGUUUGCGUAUUUGCUUGCUACUUUCCAUACUUUUUAAAUCAUCUUCGUACUUCUCAUUGUAUAUAAGACCGUUAGGUGUAAUUUCUAAGACUUUUACUGGCUUUACAAAAUUAUGAAAUGAAGUGCAGAUGCAUCAACAGUCAACACGCACAUGUGCUUCAAGUUUCCUAUGGUAUCAUAUUUCACAAAAUUGCAAGAAAAUAUAAUACUAUUAAAUAGCGUAUUAGCGUAAUAAGUUCUUGGCCAAUUUGGCCGAAUGUUCGGAAAAGGGCCGAGCUUUCAGUCGACAUUAUCCAUCUUUUCGAUCUCGCAUUUUCUACAAAUUUUCUACAAACAGUCUCUCUCCAAUCAGGUGUUGCCUAUUGGCUUGAUCCAAUUCAUUUUGCCGACAACUGAUUUAUUGUGCCGACAGACACGGCAACCCCUGCACCCCCCCCCCUUAGCUACGCCCCUGGAUGACCCACCCCUUCAACCGUGCUCAAAAAUAGUGACCCACCCCCUAUUUUUCCCAACCCAGCCCACCCCCCUUUUACUUUAUGACUGGUCCCUGAGUACAUUAAAUUUACACCAACACAGAAAAAAUCAUCCUAAAACACUACCGGUACAUUAUAAAAACCAUAUGCAGUAUGCAAACGUUCAUAGCUGUGUAAUUUAAACCAGCUGGUUCAGUUCACAUCAGCAGCCAUUAAAUUCAUGCAUGUCAGAUCAUUUUGUGUCAUGGACUGUACUCUGAUAUUUUAAAGAAAAUUGGCAAUAGUUCUCAAAAUAUUUGCUUAGUUCUGAAACUAUUUAAUAGACUGAAAUAACAAUAAUAAAUCCCAAAUUGUUUGAAAUGUUUUUAGUCAUUUAUAAAUUUCAGACAGUAACCAGAAAUGAACUUUUGGACCCAUAUUGGUCGCUUACUCUCAAGAUAAAAAAAUUAGUGUGACCCCACUCUUGACCCCACUCUUGACAUACAUGACUAACAUGCAUGUCCUCAAUAAUCCAAAAUGGUGAUUACAGCUCACUUUUUUCAGUCAAAAUAUUUUAAAAACUAAGGAAGAUACAAUAUAUAAACAAUCUGUAAGUACUAUUUACAACAUGAGCGGCCGUGUUGUGCCGAACUCAUCUUAUGAGUUCAUUGGCGAAGUAAUUUUAAAAAUAAACGUUGUCUAAGCCGAGAAAAUCAAAGUUAAAGUUUAUGUAAAUCAACAUGAAUCUGUAUCACAUAUACAGAUACGACACGCUUAUGAUUUUCCUUUGUGUUUUCUUAUGAAUUAUUAAUGAGUUUUUUAAUAGAGUUUAAUAAUUAUGUAGUUUUAAGAGUUCUUUCAAAUGAACUAUUUUUCCCAGCAAGCCUUUCGCACUUUUAAUCGACUUUUCCGCUUUGCGCAGGCAACCUUAAUUGAAAUAGCUGUAUAUAAAAAAUGCUUUACUGGAAUUAAUGCAGCCUUAAGAUUUUAACAAUUGGAACAACGCACUAUUUAAUUAUUCACUUUUUCGUAGAUUUUGAAAGUAUAUUUGAUCCUAAUAUGUCUAAAGAAAGUGGUCGAAGAAAUAGCGGGUACGUUUUGUGAACAAUUAUUAAUUAAUCGCAAGAAAAUAGUAUCAGAAUUAUUAUAUCAGUACGUUGCAUGCAUGGUACGUACUGUAUAAUUGAAUUUUCUAUUCAUUAUUUAUAGAGAUUCAUCGAUGCUUAGUGGUUCCUCCUUAACUAAUGAUUCGCAUGACAUGAAGGUACAACUAACUAACUAAAUAUUACAGCAAUCGAAGCCCUGUCAGAUUCCCAGAGAAUUAACCCAUUGAGCUGCAAUUAAAUGUGCCCCAGUGUGCCCUACUUUUUUUUUUACCUGUCUAACAUAACGCCAGACAAUUUUACUCAUCAAUGGGGAAGCUCUGCAGCUUAAUGGGUUAUAAUAAAAAAUCUGACAACGUCUCUAGUUAACCCAUUUGAGUCGCAAUGCACCCCAGUGCACCCUACUUAUUUUUUUAACUUGUCUAACGCCAGACGAUUUUACUCGUCAGUGGGGAAGUUCUGCAGCUUAAUUUAAUGGCAACCAAAAAAUCUGACAAUGUCUCUAGUUAACCCAUUGAACCGCAGUGCGCCCUACUUAUUUUUUUUACUUGUGUAACGCCAGACGAUUUUACUCGUCAAUGGGGAAGCUCUGCAGUUAGCUUAAUGGUUAAGACAGAUCCGCUAAUAACCUGUGAUCAUUGUCCAUUAUCAGUGUGUCCAUAUAUUCAUAUAUUUGUGUUCACAGACCUUAAAAAUAAUUUAUUUCAAACGAAAUAAAAUAAUAUAGCCUGCAUGGUUACAAACCUCAAUGAGGUCACUCUCUUCCCAUACUGAUAUAGUAUACUGUACAUGUACAGUUAUUACUGUAGUUUUAUAUUUAGUGUCCAAUCAAAAUGUCCCUUGGAGGACAAGUGUCAUUUUUUCCGUCAUUAUUUUACAGGAUCCAAGUCCUGAUUCAUCAUUCAAUGUUAGUGUCAAUGAUGAAACUGUGGACCUCAUUUCACGUGUUGCCGACCUUCAGCAGGAGAAAUGGCAACUGGAAGAAAGGGUAAGAUACAAUAAUAGACGUAUAGUUAUAAUUAAAGUAUUAGUUUAGCUUAUAAUACUUUUUGGUUGUGGAAACACCGCAUAAAUUUAUCACUGCAAAGCUUUCGAUCUGUGAACCUGGAUCUUCAUCAGUGUUAUUAAUAUUAUAUCAAAAAAGAUGUGGGAUUAUUAAAGUUUUACAGUAAUAAAUUUAUGUGGUGUUUCCACAAGCAAACUAUUACAGUAUAUGUGUGUUUUAUCGCCAUGCCAACCUACAAAGACCUUUAAGUAUUAGUUUAUAGUUUAGGUUUCCUCCUGCAGCUAUAUAUAACCAUACUGAAUCAGUAAGGGAUGAUCGUCACUGUACAGUAUCUCUAGGAAGAACAGUUUAAAACUAGUACAUUAUUUAAUAGAACUGUCCAGUAUAAAUAAAUUGAGUUUUGUUUAGGUUUCCUUCUGUACAAAUUAACACUGGAUCAAUAAGAACUAUGAUCCCUACUGGACAUCUAGGGAGAACAAUUUAGAACUGAUAGCGCUAUCCAGUAUAAAUAAAGUUAGUUCAAUUUAGGUUUCCUCCUGUAGUAAUACUGAAUCAAUAAGAGAUGAUCCUUACUAGACCUCUACAGUAGGAAGAACAUUUUAAAACUGAUAGAGUUAUCCAGUAUAAAUAAAGUUACUUUAGUUUAGGAUUCCUCCUGUAGUAACACUGGAUCAAUAAGACAUGAACCUUACUGGACCUCUAGGAAGAACAGUUUAGAACUGAUAGAGCUAUCCAGUAUAAAUAAAGUUAGUUUAGUUUAGGAUUCCUCCUGUAGUAACACUGGAUCAAUAAGACAUGAUCCUUACUGGACCUCUAGGAAGAACAGUUUAGGUUUCCAAUUUAGGUUUCCUUAACGGUCAUCCCUACGUAUUGUUCUGAAGCCGUUUUUUGUCAUUUAAUUUAGGUUCGUCAUUUAGAGGAAAAUUGUUCAGCAAUGGCUGAAGACUUGAUGAGAAAGUCAGCUGUUAUUCAACAUUAUGCUAUGGAAUCGAAAAUUGGUAUGGGACUAAUAUUUAUACUGGGUAACUUCA